GUAUUUGAAUUCUAUCAGCCUAUAUUCGAUUUUGCAAAUUGUUUCCCCAAAUUUCUUAUAUUAUAAAUUGAGUGAUGGGGAAAAUUUCUCUCGAACUAAAAGCCAGAUUGGAAAAUGUAACUAACUUUAAAGCGGAUGGAGAAGAUUUUAGAUGGUAUUUGAAGCUGAAAUGUUUGAAUUGCGGUGAAGAAACGCCAGAUUUCGUCUAUCUAACAUUAACGGAAAAUCAGCCUUUGAAAGGCGGAAGAGGUCAUGCCAGCUUAGUCCUAAAGUGUAAAUUGUGCAAUAGAGAGAACUCUAUCGAUAUAAUAAAGGAUAGUAUUAAAGAAUAUCUGGUUGAAGAUUUUCCAAAAUUCAAGCCAUUUGUAACUUUUGAUUGCAGAGGAGUUGAACCUUCCGCUUUCUCUCCUCGAACUGGCUUUAAAGCAAAUGGAACCGGUGACAGACAAUGUGAAUUCGAAGACAUUGAUUUAAAAGAAGAGGAAUGGUGCGACUACGAUGAAAAAAACAAACAAGAAGUUGGAAUUUACGAACUAGAGUACCACUUUAAAGCAACCAAAUAA